AUGGACGCGUCAACAGGACCAGGAGCCCCUUUGAACCUUCACCUGUCUGAAGAUGGCCUCUAUGCUUCUCACGUCAGUGGGAAAGGUCUUAUUGUCCACUCAAAUGUAGCCUCUGAUGGCAAAGAGGUGCAGAUCGCAAGACUCAAAGAAAAUGGACUGAAAUUCUUCAAAUUCUUCAACUUCGGAACUACCCACAGCUUAUUACAUGACGAAAUCACAUCCCGAAGGCGACUUCUCACGGCCAAUGAGAACCGCAUUUCGGUUUGGCAAGUCAAUCCACUGGAGAUAUUUGCUGAGAUCGAGAGUCUCGAACCAGGGACACUGGCUGUCGAUUUCGGCUCCGACGAAAAUGAGAUCCUAGUGUUUCACUCAUGGACCACAAAAUUGAGCAUCCACUCAUUGGACACUGGCCGUAGCUCGGUGAUCAAAACACCCAAGUUUUCCCACUCCCUUGGGUUCGGCUAUCGUCCCCAAACCAGGCAUUUAGCCAUACUAUUGAAGCCAGAAACUUCUGAUAUUCUCACUGUUCACGAGCCAAAAUCUUACCAGCUUGUCAACAAAACUGUCUUGUCAACUGUCGAUGCACAGGGCUUGAAAUGGAGCCCAGAUGGUAAAUGGAUUGCUGUGUGGGACAUCGCGAGUGCAGGAACAAAAGUCUUGGUCUUCACUGCUGAUGGGCAGCUGUUCAGAACUUACACUGGAUCAACUGGCGUUGAUGAUGCUUUCGAUCUGGGUGUGAAACAGAUUGAAUGGAGCCCAGUCUCUGGGCCGGGAAUCUGUGAAACAUUGGCCGUUGGCAAGAUCAAUGGAAACGUCGACCUACUACGAACUCGGACAUUCUCCUCCACAACAACCCUCUCACAUGUAUUUCAAUCCGACCAGCAUGAUUGCAAGAUUUGGCGUGAACGAUCCAUUACUGCAGCAGGAGAUGCUGAAUACGCGGAAACCUCCUUUUCAUCUGCUUUGAACAUGAGUCCUGAAACGGCAGGGCCCCCUCGCGGUGUACUGACCAUCGCUUUCAGCCCAGAUGGCGGUCUACUUGCAACCGUUGACACAUCACGGCAGAAUGUUGUAUGGAUCUGGUCGCUUGAGUCUCCUCCAAGACUUGCUUCGGCUUUGGUUCACGAGCAGCCUGUUCGACAAAUCGCUUGGCAUGCCUCGACACCACAGCUACUAAUCAACACCAUUACCAAUGGAGUUCCCACCAUUCGGUGGUGGUCACCUCAGGACCAUCCUGUCAUUGCGCAGGUCCCAGUUCAAAGAAACGAGAACGGGAAAUAUGACGUGAAGUGGGCUACAGACCAAAACGUUGACUCUGUCUUCUGGUUUGGGUCAACAGAACAACAUGUCAUUGGAUACCUGUCUGCCCAAAAUGGUGGCGUUGAAUUUGAGCUACUGAAUUCGGUGAGCAGCAAGACUGGAGGAGCCCAUGGUGGAAGCCUUGGUCGAUAA